AAUCAAACAGCGCAGGACAAGUUACAAAACCAAAACAAGCAACGGCACUCGUUUAAAGACUCCCAUUUAAAUACCGGAAAAUGCUAUUUCGCAAGGCGCGCCGUCACUUUCUGCCGUUCUACAUGUUCAAUGGCUUCUUGUGACAGCGAAACGAACGAUAUCAGCGUUUGCGUUACAACAGCUCCAAUAUUGGUCAACCGAGGUCUGAGCUUACACACAACAGCUUGUUGGACAACUAUGCGAACAGCAAUGUGAUAAUAAACAUUGACAACUGCGCGCUCUACAGCACCAAUAGGCCAGCUGACCGAAAGUCGAUAACUGGCGCAUCGCACGAUCGACAGCGACGACGACGCCAGCGGUUUUUAGUCAUUUUUCGGUUUUUCUGCGCAACGGUCGCUUUCGGCUUGGCAAUCGCCUGCGUCAUCUACACGCUUCACACAAUGGGCUGGAUUUUUGCUGUGCUCGUCGCACUCGUGGCUCUGCUGCUGACGAAACCCGGCUGGCGAUGGUUCUACAUAGCGGGUGCGACCGCUAGUCGCGAUCUGACAGCUCUCUGGGCCUAUAUCAAGCUCCUGAGGUACACGAAGCGCCAUGAGCGGCUCAACUACACGGUGGCGGACGUCUUCGAGGGGAAUGUUAGAGCCCAUCCGGAUAAGGUGGCUGUGGUCAGUGAGACGCAGCGCUGGACCUUCCGGCAGGUGAACGAGCACGCCAACAAAGUGGCCAACGUGCUGCAGGCUCAGGGCUACAAAAAGGGCGAUGUGGUGGCCUUGUUGCUGGAGAACCGCGCCGAGUACGUGGCCACCUGGCUGGGUCUCUCCAAGAUCGGUGUGAUCACUCCGCUGAUCAACACAAAUCUGCGCGGUCCUUCCCUGCUGCACAGCAUCACGGUGGCCCACUGCACGGCUCUCAUUUACGGCGAGGACUUCCUGGAAGCGGUUACCGAGGUGGCCAAGGAUCUGCCAGCCGAGCUCACACUCUUCCAGUUCAACAAUGAGAACAACAACAGCCAAACGGAGAAGAACAUCCCCCAGGCCAAGAACCUGAAUGCUCUGCUGACCACCGCCAGCUUUGAGAAGCCUAACAAGACGCAGGUGAACCACCACGACAAACUGGUCUACAUCUACACCUCCGGCACCACGGGAUUGCCGAAGGCAGCGGUUAUCUCUCACUCCCGUUAUCUGUUUAUCGCUGCUGGCAUUCACUACACCAUGGGAUUCCAGGAUGAGGACAUCUUCUACACGCCCCUGCCAUUGUACCACACCGCUGGAGGCAUUAUGUGCAUGGGUCAGUCGGUGCUCUUUGGCUCCACGGUGUCCAUUCGCAAGAAGUUCUCGGCAUCCAACUAUUUCGCCGACUGCGCCAAGUACAAUGCAACAAUUGGUCAGUACAUCGGGGAGAUGGCUCGCUACAUUCUAGCUACGAAACCCUCGGAAUAUGACCAGAAACACCGAGUGCGUCUAGUCUUCGGAAACGGACUGCGACCGCAGAUUUGGCCACAGUUUGUGCAGCGCUUCAACAUCGCCAAGGUGGGCGAGUUCUAUGGCGCCACUGAGGGCAAUGCGAACAUCAUGAACCAUGACAACACGGUGGGCGCCAUCGGCUUUGUGUCGCGCAUCCUGCCCAAGAUCUACCCAAUCUCGAUCAUUCGAGCCGAUCAGGACACCGGGGAGCCCAUUAGGGAUAGAAAUGGCCUGUGCCAGCUGUGCGCUCCCAACGAGCCAGGCGUAUUCAUUGGCAAGAUCGUCAAGGGAAAUCCUUCUCGCGAGUUCCUUGGCUACGUUGACGAAAAAGCUUCUGCCAAAAAGAUUGUCAAGGAUGUCUUCAAGCACGGCGACAUGGCUUUCCUCUCCGGUGAUUUGCUGGUUGCCGACGAGAAGGGCUAUCUGUACUUCAAGGAUCGCACCGGUGACACCUUCCGCUGGAAGGGUGAGAACGUGUCCACCAGCGAGGUGGAGGCGCAGGUCAGCAAUGUGGCCGGGUACAAGGAUACCGUGGUUUACGGCGUGACUAUUCCGCACACCGAGGGAAGGGCCGGCAUGGCCGCCAUCUACGAUCCUGAGCGAGAGUUGGACCUCGACGUCUUCGCCGCUAGUUUGGCCAAGGUGCUGCCCGCCUACGCUCGUCCCCAGAUCAUUCGAUUGCUCACCAAGGUGGACCUCACUGGAACCUUCAAGCUGCGCAAGGUUGACCUGCAGAAGGAGGGCUACGACCCGAACGCGAUCAAGGACUCGCUGUACUACCAGACUUCAAAGGGGCGGUACGAGCUGCUCACGCCCCAGGUUUACGACCAGGUCCAGCGCAACGAAAUCCGCUUCUAAGAGCUGCAAUGGAUUUGUGUCUGAGCCUUGCCUUUUGCCCGAUAUGCUGUUAAUUAGUUUGUAAGACUAAGUCUAGGAGAGGAAAAACGGGGGAAAUCGGCACCAGAGAUCUUUCAGCCUAGGAGAGAUUGAUCCGAAGCGCAUUUCCAUGUCAACAUUACUCUUUUGUAUAUCGUAAGCAUAUAUAACGUAAACGUAGUUGCAUCUGCAUUUGUGUAGAUGAUAGCCCCCUAUACGCAUUUUAAUUGUUUUUAGCGUGCUAAAGAACCUUGUUAAGUGCAAUUUCAGCUAUUGUUUAGUCAGUUUUAGUGGCAUUUACACUUCCAUUCUCGCUGCGUUUGCCUGUACAUAUGAGAAGCGCUGAUGUUUUUGUAUCAAAUAAAGUUUAUUCCUUCACCA